CCCCUCCCCGUGUCCCGUUCCCCGUGUCCCCGUGUCCCCCUCCCCGUGCGUUGUGUCUCACUGUGGGGGUGGCAGCCCUGUCCGCAGCCUGGAGCAGAUGCUGGCCUCCAGCCCCGGGAAGACGCCCAUCAGCCUCCUGCAGGAGUAUGGCACGCGCAUAGGGCGCACCCCGGGCUACGACCUGCUGAAGGCGGAGGGCCAGGCGCACCAGCCCAACUUCACCUUCCGCGUCACCGUCGGCGACGUCAGCUGCACCGGCGGGACCUCGGCUGGAGGGGCUGCGGGGCCGCGCUCCGGGCUGCACCUGGGACACACUGCGCAACUCCGCGGGCGAAAAGAUCGUGCAGCUGCGGAGCCACCCCCUGGCACCCAUGGGUGCGGGCGCCUGCGCGCUGCUGCAGGAGCUGUCCGAGGAGCAGAGCUUCGCCAUCAGCUACCUCGACAUCGAUGCUCUGAGUCUCAGUGGGCUGCACCAGUGCCUGGUGGAGCUGUCGACGCAGCCGGCCACCGUCUGCCACGGCGCUGCCCCCUCCCGCGACGGCGCCCGCUCCCACGCCGCCCGCAACGCCCUCCAGUACCUCCGCAUCAUGGCGGGGGGCAAGUGAGCCCCCCACCCCCCGCCCAGGCGGACCCCCGGGCACCCGGAGACACCUGGAUGGAGCCGGGGACGCGCGGACGGACCCACGGACGGAUGGAGCCACAGAGUCACCGAGUGACACGUGGACGCCCCCGACGGGCACCCGGAGCUGCUGGGGGGACGCUCAGACAGACCCACGGACACCCGGACCCACUGACUCGCCCUGUGGGCACCCGGACGGACCCUCGGACAUGCUGACAGACACACGGACGGACGCUCGGGCCCUGGAUGGACCUCGGGGCCGGGGGGGGGACCUCUGUUCUGCCCCCCCCCUAUUCCCCCGCCCCCAGGUGGGUCCCUGGGCACAGGCAGCCCCCAGGAAUAAAGCUGGGGGGGUUUGUAA